AUGUCCGACGACCCGCUCGCAACCCUCUUCCCACCCGCCAACACUUCCCCCUUCAGCAACCUCACCUGGCCCGAUUGGCCCGACGCGGUCUACGACCCCCAGUUCCCCCCCUUCGUCGCCUCCUGCGGCGGCAUCAUCUACGUGCGCGACAGCCUGAUCACGCAGCGCAGCGCCGCGCUGACGCAGCUUCUCGGCGCGCACUCCAAGACCUUCCUGCAGCAGUGGGACUUCGAAGCCCAAGAUUCCGAGGUGUUUGUGCGCGCUAUCGCGCGCGAUCAGACGCUGCUGGCGAGCUUCCAGGCGGGCGCUGUGUAUGCGAUUGAGAGGCUGAGGGAGGGCAUGCCGAGGGAGGCGAGGGAGGAGGGUUUGGCGGAGUGUGUGGAUGCGUUGGAGGCGGAUGUGCAUAGGCAGUUUACUGGGAGGCUGGUUGUUUAUGCGCGGAUGCUGGCUGAGGCGCAGGUUGUGGCGCUGGCGCGAGCGGGGGAGGAUGGGGCUGAGGGGGAUGGAGGCCCACGGGACGGGGAUGCACAAGGUGAUGGAGAGAAAGAAGAGCGUAACGUCGGAGAAGCGGCUGCUGAGGGUGGAAAGAGCACCUCGAAGCAAAGGAAGCGAGCCAAAAGCAGGAAGGCGAAAAAGGUUAAGCAGAAACAGAAACAAGCGAAGGAGGAAGCGAAGAUGGAAUAA